UUGAAUCACACUUCAUCAUGGCAAGAUUUGUACAAGUAUUGCUCGCCACGUUGGUCAUGGUAUUCAGCAGUGCGACUGCUACACCAUAUUCCUAUUACGCCAGCCAAGGUAAGAUAACAACACAUCUUCACACAUGCUAUUUAGUUUAGUCACGCUAUUUGAAGCACUGCGCAAAAUAUUUAAUUAAAACAGCAAUCUUGACCCGAAUAUCGGUUUACCACUAUGAAGAAAUAGUCAGAUAGCCUCGGAUUGGGGUUUACAGCGAAGUUCUUUGGGAAGUCUAUAUGUUUUUCACGUGCGCAAAAUUUUUGUGAAAGGUUUGCGUGUGUUUCGUAGAACAGAUGUCGAUUGUGGGUAUCCAGUAGCGAUGAGAGAGUGAGAUGUUUAUUCAGUUCAAUAUAUAAUUCUCUUCAGUCUUGUAUAUUGCGGGAAAUACUACGAUAAGUGAGAUAUAUAUCGAAGAUGUAGUUUAGUUUUCAUGUGGCUAUAAAUGUCAACAUUUCUGAAGGCUUGAUUCCAAAAUUUCUCGCGAGAGGUUGAACCGUUCUCACUGGCAAAGCGCAAUUUUUUUCACAAAGCCUAAUUCAUCUUGAUUACGCAUGCAAUAAUUCAUUUCGCGCGAAAUUCACCGAGGAAAAAGCGCUCGUAGAAUCUGGCCUUGAAGUUGACCACAAAAGGUUCACAAAUCCACAAUCUGCUGUUAAUUACGUUUACUGUAACAAUCAGCCAGUAAGGGCACUCAAUCAAGUGCGUUCUUAUUAAUAAAAGUAGGACCUAUAUAUAGGGUAGUAUUGAUUGAAAAUUACAAUAUGGAGUGUUUCCAAAUUCCUGAAUAACAAAUCAGUGGGGAAACCAAAUUAGAUACCCUGUCCUAAUGAAGUUAAAGCUGCAUUUCCACUUAAGAAAAGUUUUGCUUGGAACAAUUAGGAUCAGGUUUUUCUCGUUUCUUACAUCAUAAAACACCCUCGGGUGCUGGACCCAUCAACCUUGUCAUUCUGUAGCCAAGGCCAAAGGCGUGAUUUGAAGUUCGCCUUUGGUGUAUAUGACGGCCACAACAUUGACACUACCUUGUACAAGCUUACUGCCCCGUUUUGCAGAACGUCACAGAUAUGUCAAAACAAUAUUUAUUGUUUGACUGGGUGGCAUGGAGAGCACUCUAGGAGAACAGUGGGAUUUUCAAAACAAUGAGAAGGGAAGGAACAUUCUGUUCAAUGGAUCGCGGCUGGACCGAAGUUCAUGCAAAGCGCCGAUUGUAUUAAAAAUCUUAGUAUGAUGACGUCGACACGACAUAUAGUAGAAAAAGCGAUUUCAUUUUAUUUGUGUAGAUGCUGUCGUAACCAGGGCAAAAAGCAUUUUACGUCCUGGCAAUAAUGCAGCACAGACUCAGGUCAAAGGCACAGUUGAAGUGGUCACGGUAAGCACAACUUUGGUGCGCAGUGAUGCUUAAGGGGCGUUCACACUUAGCACUCUUUAAGGCCGCGUUUACACUAUGACGCUACGGCAAAUUUACCGUAGCGUAGUGAUUUGCAUCCAGAGUGCCAAACGUAGUGGUCCGUAGAUCAAAACGUUACGGCAAACCACCCCGUUAUAGUGUAAACACAAUAUAGUCUCCGUACUAGAAAAGUACUAAAAUUUUAACGGAAUGUUAGCCGUAGCGUUAUAGUGUAAACGCGGCCUAAGAUCGCCGUCUAAAUAAGAGGCAGAAGAAGAGACACAACGAUGAGCUCUGUAGCCUCUGUACUACUGAUAGUAGAUCACUCAGGUCCACCGCAAGUUCAGCUGGAGAAAACACUUCACUUUAAGAUAGCUAUAAUUCAACUGAAGGGGACAAAAAGUCCACUGUUGGAAACUCCAACUAGAACGUGAGACUUCUUAAUCAGCGGAGUCCAGUUUAGUCAACUGGGCUCUAACAGUGGAGAGAGACUUCACCUUAGGAUAGCUAUAAUUCAACUGAAGGGAACAAAAAUCCACUGUUGGAGUCUCCAACUAGAACGUGAGACUUCUUAAUCAGCGCAGUCCAGUUUAGUCAACUGGAAGAGAACAGUGGAGAGACUUCACUUUAGUACAGCUAUAAUAACUGAAGGGGACAAGAAGUCCACUGUUGGAUACCCCAAGAAGAACGUGAGACUUGUUAAUCAGCGGAGUCCAGUUUAGUCAACUGGGAGAGAACAGUGGAGACACUUCACUUUAAGAUAGCUAUAAUUCAGCUGAAGAGAACAACGAGUCCACUGUUGGCUAACUUGGAGACGACAGACAGAUUCAAAUGCAUCCUCAUGAUUCUCCAACAGUGAAUUCCUUUCAAUUUUUCCCUUCAGAUUGGACGUGCCACAUACAUCAGGGUCCACAUUACCGGUCUACCAAGCAACUCAGUGCAUGGCUUUCACAUUCAUCAAUAUGGUGAUAUUAUUACGACAGGUAACAUUUCAUUUAUUAAAAUACUAAACAAUAGAUACUCCGAAAAAAUGCUUUCAAUUUUCGGAGUAUCUAUUUUGUUGUAUUUUAUCAAAAUACUCAGUGGUUCCCGUGAUUUCAUUUAUUGAUACAUAAAUGUAUAUAUUAGUUAAUAGUAAAGAUGAAAGGUGAUAAAAAUGCGGAUAUGGACCCCACAUUUAAUAAAAGGCAACUUGGAUUUCUAAAUACUAAAGUUUAAUCUGGGUUAUACCAAUCCGUUGAGUAGUGCUAAUCCAGUAGAAGCCACCUCUGAUUACUUUGUAUUUGACAGGCUGUUCCAGUACUGGAGGACACUACAAUCCAUACAGACAAACUCAUGGCGCACAGUAUGAUAACAUAAGGUAAGUAUUUGCUUACUGCUGAGCGAGUAUUUUACUUAGGACUUUAUUUCCACCGUCUCUGGAUGAGACAUGUAAAAUAUGUGCCUUCACCCACCUCACAUGUAACCAGUGAGCUCUCUAAGCAACCAGUGAGCUCUCUAUAUGCACAAAAACAAUUGAAAAGGGCUACCACUACCUCUACCAUUAAGAGACCAUUAACCAAUCAGAUGUGUUUGAUACACACGAUUAACCAAUCAGAUGUGUUUAAUAUAUACGAUUAACCAAUCAGAUGUCUUUAAUAUAUACGAUUAACCAAUCAGAUGUGUUUGAUAUAUACGAUUAACCAAUCAGAUGUGUUUAAUAUAUACGAUUAACCAAUCAGAUGUGUUUGAUACAUACGAUUAACCAAUCAGAUGUGUUUAAUAUAUACGAUCAACCAAUCAGAUGCGUUUGAUAUAUACGAUUAACCAAUCAGAUGUGUUUGAUAUAUCCAAUUAACCAAUCAGAUGCAUACUAAGCCAGUGAGAGAUAGUGGAAGUGAAAUCUGAAACGCUGUGUUUCAUAUUUUUAGACAUGUUGGAGACCUAGGAAACGUGUAUGCUGACAAGGAUGGCACCGUGAAAGUCGUCAAACGUGAUUACUUAAUCUCACUUGUUGGGAAAUAUAACGUUUUGGGACGAGCCUUUGUGGUAAGAAUGAUCUCAUGUUGUUGCUCCAGUUACACAUACAGCUCAUUCUUUUGUUUCCCUUCCAGCUCCAUGCGCUCAAAGACGAUCUGGGGCGAGGCGGGAAUGUGGGCAGCAGAACAACAGGCAACGCUGGAGGAAGAAUUGCUUGUGGAGUGAUCGUUCGUGUGCCGGCAGAGACAAAAUCCUAAAAUGACCAAGUCAGGAAGCAAAAAACGUCUUAUCUGUGCAAUGACUCACUUAAUAUGAGUUAUCAACUUAAUUUUUACAUAUUUGUCUACAUAUGAUUAUGUUUAAUAAAAGCGGGUCACUUAUUAACAGGAUAUUUAUUUCGACGUUUCGACUAAACUAUAGUCAUCAUCAGGAAAUUAUUUCCUGAUGAUGACUAUAGUUUAGUCGAAACGUCGAAAUAAAUUUUCAAAAUGCUUUCAAUCUUCGGAGUAUCUAUUGUUUUGUAUUUUAUCAAAAUACUCAGUGGUUCCUGUAAUUUAUUAACAGGUAUUAGCGAGGUUUAUUAUAGGGUUUAUUAGUGAGCUUAGCAAGCGACGUUUUUUGUCAACACGGAUGUCACCUCAAAAUUAGUACAAUUCAUUUUGGCGGCAUUUUGUAUCAAUAGCGCUCCUGUAUUCAAGAAUCUUAUGUUUUGUCAUACGUGUUGGAGAUUACCAAGCAAAACUAUUACAGAAACUCUUUUUUUCCAAGAGUUAUUGAACUAUGGAACAAUCUACCACAUGAUUUAAAAAAAUGCCAGUCCGUUUCUAUUUUUAAAUCAAAACUGCAUGGAUAUUUUUCGGACAGGCUGCAAACGUACACACCGCCGUAGUUGGAUUCAGAUACAGUCCGACUUCUAAAAACUGGAUAUUUGCUUUUUUAUUGUAUUGUUCUUGUUGGGGUCGGUUGUCAAUUGGGAAAUUCUCCUGUCAUUGUUUCUGUAAAUAUGUAAUUGUCCUUUGUUGUAAUUGUGACAAAUUCAUUAAAUUAAAAUUAAAUUAAAUUACCACAAACCGAACCACAAUCCAGCCCCCCCCCCCCCUUCGGCAAUCUGCGUCAGUGUUGACAAAAAGUUCUAGAGUUCUAGAUUGAUCCAUAUAGCAUAGUUUUUGAAUAAAUUGGGCACCGCAGCAUGCUUCUCUGAUGUUUUGUUGUAGUCAAUGGUCAAAUAUUUAAAUCUGAUGGUAUAUAAGUAGCUUGUAGUUGUUUUGGUUUAAAUAAAGAUUCAAGAUCGUUAUAUGGUCUCCUACUGCACACAAAAUAUUUCAAAAAUUACCGUGGUUUAUUACAUUUAUACAUUUUAAAUAUAUGGACUUUGUUUUGAUUUAAAUAAAAAUUUUACUUAUUUUAUAUUGAAAGCUAUAGGCGUUACCUUCUUCAAGUAGCCAGAACUGAACCAGGAUUGUAAAAAUUUACUUUGGGAUCAAUUAUUGAACUAACCAACAAAGGUGGCUGGUCAGUACUGUGCAGUAUAUGCUGACAUCUUGUCAACAGUUUCUUCACUGACGCUCUGUUAAUAAAAUACAGAUCAAUGGUUAAUAUCACCAUUACCACCACCAUCAUCAUUACCAUCAUCAAUAUGAUCACGAUCACAAUCACAAUCACCAUCAUCGCCAUUACCACCACCACCAUUAUCAUCACCAUUAUCAUCACCAUUAUGAUCACGGUCACAAUCACCAUCACCGCCAUUACCACCACCACCAUCAUCAUCAUCACCAUCAUCACCAUCAUCAUUAUCAUCAUCAUUAUGAUCACGAUCACAAUCACCAUAAUCGCCAUUACCACCACCAUCAUCAUCAUCACCAUCAUCAUUAUCAUCAUCAUUAUGAUCACGAUCACAAUCACCAUAAUCGCCAUUACCACCACCACCAUC